UUGUCUGCCUCUCUCUCUUUGUAAUAAACAACUGUUCAUCCUGCACUUGCAUCCGUCCUAUCUCUGCUCCGUCACGAUUCGUGACAGAAUCUUCCGCCAAAACAUGGUUGCAGGACGAGAGAGAAGUCACGCCACAGAAACCAGGGAAGUAGUAGGACAAUACCUCAUCGGGGAACGCUCGGAUUACUGGCCGCAUUUUUCGUCCGUGCAAUUUCCCCAAAGGUACGCCGUUGAAUUGCCACCAGAGACAGCGGGAUUGGGGAGCUACCCGCUGGAGUUCCUCUUCAGCUGCCAGGUGUAUUUCUGCAGCUUGGCAUUUCCCAAGCCUACUAAGAGAGAGUGGAUCGGGUUCCUGGUGUCCAGGUUUUGCGGUCCGGCCCGUGACUGGGCGGAGCAGCUGGUGAGUGCUGGGUCGCCAGCCCUCCAUGAUGUCACUCAGUUUGCAGAGCUGUUUAUGGAGGCAUUUUCACAGCCUGGACAACUUCAUGGUCUUAAUUUACUGGGGUGGAGAGUCAAUGGACAGCCCCAGGUGGACCCACCAUUCAACCUCUAUUAUGAGGAGAUGGACAGGGCAGUAACCAGCGAUUCACUUCAGUUUCCGGCCAACGAGGGGGCGAAAUCUCCGAGAUGUAUGACCAAGGGCUGCAGGAGAGAAACUCAGCUUCAAUGUCCCACCUGCAAGAACCUGGGCCUCCGGGAAGCUUUCUUCUGCUCUCAGGAAUGCUUCAAGAGCAGCUGGCGGGAGCAUAAGAAACUCCACCGGAGAGCCCGUGCAGAGACCCAGCCCGGGAUCAACAGGGUGACCUCGGAGUGCCCGUCGGAGGUCAUAGCACCAGAGCUCAACCCUGAGGUCCAAGUCCAGUCUCAAGUCCCUGAGGUCCAAGUCCAGUCUCAAGUCCCUGAGGUCCCAGUCAAGCCUCCAGUCCCUGAGAUCCCAGUCAAGCCUCCAGUCCCCGAGAUCCCAGUCAAGCCUCCAGUCCCCGAGAUCCAAGUCAAGCCUCCAGUCCCUGAGGUCCAGGCCAAGCCUCCAGUCCCUGAGGUCCAGGCCAAGCCUCCAGGCUCUGAGGUCCAAGCCAAGCCUCCAGGCUCUGACGUCCAAGCCAAGUCUCACGUCCCUGAGGUCCGAGUCAAGUCUCACGUCCCUGCGCUCACGUUCAAGCCUGCUGAUCCAGUUGACCAAGCUCUGCUAAUAUCUAAGCCUAAUGACCAAGUUCUGCUCACGCCCCAGUCUGCUGACACGCCCAGCCAAGCUCUGCUCACGCCCCAGUCCGCUGACACGCCCAGCCAAGCUCUGCUCACGCCCCAGUCCGCUGACACGCCCCGCCAAGCUCUGCUCACGCCCCAGUCCGCUGACACGCACCGCCAAGCUCUGGCCACGCCCCAGUCCGCUGACACGCACCGCCAAGCUCUGGCCACGCCCCAGUCCGCUGACACGCACCGCCAAGCUCUGGCCACGCCCCAGUCCGCUGACACGCACCGCCAAGCUCUUCCCACGCCCCAGUCCGCUGACACGCACCGCCAAGCUCUUCCCACGCCCCAGUCCGCUGACACGCACAGCCAAACUCUGCCCACGCCACAGUCCGCUGACACGCACAGCCAAGCUCUGCUCAAGCCACAGUCCGCUGACACGCACAGCCAAGCUCUGCCCACGCCACAGUCCGCUGACACGCACCGCCAAGCUCUGCCCACGCCACAGUCCGCUGACACGCACCGCCAAGUUCUGCCCACGCCACAGUCCGCUGACACGCACCGCCAAGUUCUGCCCACGCCACAGUCCGCUGACACGCACCGCCAAGCUCUGCCCACGCCACAGUCCGCUGACACGCACCGCCAAGUUCUGCUCAUGCCACAGUCCGCUGACAUGCACAGCCAAGUUCUGCUCAUGCCCGAGUCUACUGACACGGCCACCCAAGCUCCGCCCAUGCCCAAGGUUCACCUGGUGACCUCAGAGCCUCAGCCUCCCUGUUCAGCUGAGGUCGUCGCUCAGCCUUCCUGCUCCAUGGCAAACAUCGUUCCCCCCUUCUGCUUUGAGGAGGCCCACGCUCCUCUCCCUGGCCGCACGGAGGCCCACGCUCCUCUCCCUGGCCGCACGGAGGCCCACGCUCCUCUCCCUGGCCGCACGGAGGCCCACGCUCCUCUCCCUGGCCGCACGGAGGCCCACGCUCCUCUCCCUGGCCGCACGGAGACCCACGCUCCUCUCCCUGGCCGCACGGAGACCCACGCUCCUCUCCCUGGCCUUACAGGGGACGUCGCUUUGCCUUCAUGCUCCGACGAGGACGUCGCCCUGCUUCCCUGCUCUGCCGAGUACAGUGCUCUGUUUCCCUGCUCUGCCGAGGACGUCGCUCUGCCUUCAUGUUCCGACGAGGAAGUCACCCUGCUUCCCUGCUCUGGCGAGUACAGUGCUCUGUUUCCCUGCUCCACCGAGGACGUCGCUCAGUCUUCCUGUUCGGCUGUGGUCGUCGCCCUGCUUUCAUGCUCCGCCGAGGACGUCACUCUGCCCUCAUGCUCCGCCGAGGUCGUCGCCCAGCCUGCCCGCCCAGCCGAGGACGUCGCCCAGCCUGCCCGCCCAGCCGAGGACGUCGCUCAGCCUCCCUGUUCAGCCGAGGACGUCGCUCAGCCUCCCUGUUCAGCCAGGGUCGUCCCUACGCCGCCAAGAACACCGUGCAGUUUCCUGUCUCUGCUUUGGACAUUCAGCCCAGGGGGCCGGGCCCGCCAAUGAAAUGGGAUGACUCAUGGCACUCCUGGUGGAGUGACUUUGGGGGGGGGGGGG